AUGGCGAGUACCGUAAUCUCCGUCUCCCGCAAUAUCUCCCCUCGACCUGACCCUUCUACCGCCUCCAACACCACCACCACCACCACCCACCAACAAACGCAAGAAACGCAAGAAACGCAAGAAACGCAAGACCAAUCCUCUUCAAAGCUCAAUGACCCCGACAAAGCCAUGACUGCUACCCCCUCCUCAGCCCCUCACGGGCCCUCCGGCGCCUUCGAGCCCGAAAAUGAGGACCACCUCGACGCCCCUGAUGGCGGUUACUUUGCGGGCUCCCGCAAGGACUUUCCCUUACCCGCAAACCGCUACCCGCUCCCUCGACAAAGUGUGAAACGUCUGCUGGAACCAGAGCCAGGCACAAAGGGAGGCCGCCAGCGCAGCUACCUUGACGACCCCGACCAUCCCGUCCAGGGUUUCUGGACCGAGUCCGGGUCCUGGGAGGACUGGCCGCCCAAAUCUCCCCCGCCACCAGAUAAGGGAGGGAAUGGCGAUGGUGAUGGCGAAACAGGAGGAAACGAAGGAGGGAAAGACGGUGAUAAAGAAGGUGAUGAUAAAGAAGAUGUUAAACGAUCCCAAGAGGGUGUCUCGCGGUCGCAAUCGCAAUCGCAAUUGCAGUCACAGUCACAGUCACAAUCACAGUCCCGCCGCUUGUUCGAUGACCCCGAUCCAUCAGCUGGCGAUAAUAAUGGUAAUAACAGUACCAGCUUCCACUCGUCAACUGUCAGUGCGACGGUAGGGACACGGCGACAGGCAAAUGGUACCAUCGGCUCCGUGUACUCAGGCAACAAGAUUCGCCAUCUGAAGAAGGAAGAUGGCAUCCCGCUGUGGCGGAAGGAUAUCCAGUACGAGUUUCUGAAGCUGGUCUUUGAGGAUAAGACGCCCGUGUUUACGCGGUUGUCAGAUGGCGCGAAGGGGUUGGAUUUUGCAGAUAUCUACAUCGAUGCAAUGGCGAAGAGCAGCAAGACCAGCAAGAUUUUGAAGGAUAAGUUGCAGAACGACAAGGCAGCUGCAAUUAGUAUGGCCAUGGUGUGUUUGCUGGUUAAUUUUGGGAGGAUGAAUACCACGCUUAAUUUCUUUCCAGAAAUGCGUGCCCAGCUACGGACUUACCACUCCAUCCCCUCCCUCCAAGCCCAUCAGGACCCAAACGCCUACAAGCAACUCCAAGACGCCCCUCGCCUGAAAUCUAUUCUUAAAGGUGCCUCUGAAGAUACAGAUCAACCCAACACCAUCGAAAAAAUAAAACAGUCCCCCAUUCCCCGCACGAACCCCGUAAACCUCAUCUUCGUUCUAUCUCAAUAUGCCCCCCGCAUCUCCGAACUCCACUUCUUCCCUCCCCGUGACUUCUUCGACCUGGUCAUGCGCUCCAGCUUGAGCAGCAAAAGUCGUGCCAGGGCCUUCCUCUGGCUGAUGUGGUAUUAUCUCGAGAGCGACUUUUCGGCGCAGGACGCGUUGAAUAAUCCGUUCGGGCCGGGAUUGGUGGGUGAAGGAACGGAUGGGUUGCCCAUUAAGGUACCGGCGUUUGAGCCGCUGACGGAGACUGAGGCGGAUGCAGAGAAUGUGGACACUGCAGAGGAGAUCCAGUAUGGGGAAGAGAAGCAGCGAGAGAGAAAGAGGAUUCUGGAAGAAGAGGAGACUAGUUUCAGGUCUGGCAAGAGACCCAAGAAAGUCGCCGCAGUCGAUUACGCAAGCGACGACUUAACCUCUGAGCUAGGAACCGGAGAACGCCAAAGCAUGAUCGGCCGCUCCGCUGCAGAUUACAACCCAGACGACGACAUAGACCUCUCUGCACGCUGGCGCCCCGGUCGCCGUACAAAACGUGAAUCCUCCACAAACCGCUCAUCAGUCCGAACAUCCCAACCACGCCGACUCGUGCUAAAGACACGCAUGGAUCAGACACCAGAUACCGCCUCCCCCGCGCCCCCAGGCUCCGCCCAUCCAGUCUUCAACCAAUUUAGCACAGGCGCCAGUGCCAGCUCGAGCUCUCGCGCUGCGCACCUUCUACAGCCACAGCCACAGCAAAGCGCACACGCUACCGGCGGAGGAGGUGGCAGUAGCCGCCGUCCCCGCCCACUGACCCAACACCAACUCGCCAUCGAGCAGAACCGGAAACAACGCGUGGAUUACCUUCUCGACCAGCGGCGGACGGAGGCGCUCAAGGUACUCCGCCAACGACGGGAGAAUGAGAUCCCCUUCGUGCGUGUGGGGAGAUUACUGGCGAGUUUGCCGGAGGACUAUGAUACCGAGGACGAGGAGAACUCGUGGGGAAAGGGGGGGAUAUGUCCGCAUCCGGCGGAUGAGGAGGAUUAUGGGGAGGCGGCGGGGUUCUAUAUGGCUGUUGUGAAGAGGGUGGGGAGGAGGUUGAGGAGGUGGGAUUGGGAGUGUGUGGUUGAGGAUCGGAGGAGGAAGGAGGAAAGGGAAAGGGAAAGGGAGAGGGAGAGGGAGAGGGAGCGGCUUGCGGAGGAGGACAGGGUUGCUGCUGAGGCUGCUGCUGCUGCUGGUGGGGACGGGGAGGAGGGGAAUGAUACCAUCAUGUUUGUCAAUGGGACGCAUGAACCUCAUCGGGCUGGUGGCGAUGUCGUCGUUACACCCUCCCGUCCCUCUACCAAACCCAAGGCCCGCUCAAAGCGGAAGCCAAAGGCUGCAGAACCUGUGGACGAAGUUGCGGGUGCAGUGACGGGGGAGCCGGAGAAGAAACCGCGCCCACGGCCGGGAACUGGUGCUCGGAAUCGGCAGAGUGGGUCUGGGGGAGCGAGGAAGCCGCGGGCGUCGACUGGGAAGGGGCGUGCGGGUGCUACAUCCACCGGUGGUGCUGGUAAUAGUGCAGCUGCUGGCGAUGGUGAGGCUGAUGCAACUGCGACAGAAGCGGUGAAGGGUGAGAAGGGUAGUGAUGGUGACGUUGCUGUCGCUGCCUCUGCUUCUGAGCAGUUAGCUGUGCCGACUGGCACUGAUGAUGCCAGUCAUGUUAGCGGCGAGGGAGACGGUGCGCUAGAUGACAUUGAUAAGGAAUUGUUGGGCGAGGUGAGCGGGGAGGAAACGCAGACGCAGGCACAGGCGCCGGUGCAGGCACUUCGCCGCCAGCGGAAACGGAAACGGCGUGAUCAAGAUGAUGACGACAGUGACAAUGAUCGUAAUUGUCAGCGGGCUCGUGCUUCUAUCCCGGAAGCUGACGCUGAACGCGAACCCGAUGAACACGCACACCACACGGCAAUGGACCUAGAUAUGGAACCGGACUCUGACGCCGUCAGCCAAUCCUCACCUUCGGCCUCUCGCUCGCGCUCGCAUCAUCCUCUCCACCAACACCAUCAAAAGAUAUUACACCGCGAUGCGCCAGCGCCACCGCUCCCGCCGCCGUCAUCGGUCGUAGCGGGCGAGGAGUCCCCGCCCCCCAAGCCACGCUAUUCCAGCGCUGUCAUGAUGGAUUCGUAUCGUGAUAGUGAUGUUGAGGGGUCUAGCUUUCUGGGACAAGGAGAUGAGAUGGAUUUGGUGGAGGAGGUUGAUGAGGAGGAUGAGGGCGAGGAGGAAGGAGAAGAGGAGGAGGAGGGGGAGGGAGAGGGAUCUGGUGAUGAUGUGGAGGGGGAGAGUUCGGAGAUGGAGGGGGAGGGGGAAAGGGAGGGGGAUUGA